UUGUUGAAAGUACGUGUGUAAAGAAAAACGAAUUUGUGAAAAUUUUAACUACGCUGUUAAAAAAAAAUUAUUUCUUUAAUUCAAGGCUAAUAAAAUUAAUAAUUUUUUAUACAACCGCUAAAUAAAGUCUAUUCAGAUUGUUUUAUAUCAAGUUAUAUUAAAAAUUCUGUUAUUUAUUAGAGGCAAACGUAAAUAUAAGAAAUCAUAUAGUGUCUAGAGAUUUAUGAAAUAAACUUUCAAAAUAGAGCCAAAUCUAGAAAAUAAUUCUCCAAAAGGAAAAGGGAUGCAUACAUUCAGUGAGACGGGCGCUGGUGUGCCGGCCUUUUUGGCCAAGCUUUGGCGAUUGGUUGAAGAUCCGGAAACUAAUAAUCUCAUUUGUUGGAGCAAGGAUGGACGAAGUUUCAUUAUCCAAAAUCAGGCCCAAUUUGCUCGCGAAUUGUUACCUCUCAAUUACAAGCACAAUAAUAUGGCCUCCUUCAUAAGACAAUUGAAUAUGUAUGGUUUUCAUAAAAUAACUUCCAUUGAUAAUGGUGGUUUAAAGUUUGAUCGAGAUGAAAUGGAAUUUACGCAUCCCUGUUUUAAACGGAAUUGCCCAUACUUACUGGAACACAUUAAACGGAAGAUUGCUUCUACAAAAUCUGUUGAUGAGAAGUCUGCUUUAAAGCCUGAAGCUGUAACAAAAGUUUUACAAGAUGUGAAGGCCAUGCGUGGACGACAAGAUUCAUUGGAUUCUCGUUUCUCCGUAAUGAAACAGGAAAAUGAAGCUUUAUGGCGUGAAAUUGCAUCUUUGCGGCAGAAACACGCAAAGCAACAGCAGAUUGUAAAUAAAUUAAUACAAUUUUUAAUAACGAUUGUACAGCCACAGCGUAAUAUGACCAGUGUAAAGCGGCACAUGCAGUUAAUGAUUAAUGACAUACCGGACAAGUCUAAAGUGCGCAAGGGUAGUGAAUCGGAAUCGGAAUGCGGACCGGUAAUUCAUGAGUUAGGCGAAGAACUGCUCGAUGAAGUAUCUGAAGUUGAACCCGAAUUAAUGUUGCCGAAUAGCCCCUUUGCUCGAGUUGCUACACCUGCAACACCCUCAACAGAUCCCGACGCUGCGCAUUCACCACACAAUAUAGAACGUCCACAGUCAAGUGUUAGUAUGAUCUCUCAAAAUUAUGACUUCUCUAAUCAAAGUACUGAAGAUGCUAGUGGCUAUUUGAGCCCAGCCGCUGCGGCUGUCGCAGCUGCCAAUGAUGGACUUAUACAUACCAUUAAUAAUGACGGUUCAAAAAUAUUUUACCACAUAACUGAGGUGCCCGAUGCACAACCUCAAGAAACAAAAAUAAGUCCCGUUAGCUACAAUGAAGAUAAUGUGCUAACAACACCGAUGGUGCGUGAGGAGAUGGCUCGCAGCCAAAUGUUAAAACAGAAAAAUCGCCAGAGGCGCAUCAAAAAUGAAUACGAAAUAGAAAAUCGCGUUAAAGUGGCUGGUCCCUCUGGUGCAAAAGUACAGCGUGUUGCCAGCCAACCACAAACAUCCACAAAGGAACAGCAACAACAACAGCAAAUAGCACAUCAGCUUCCACAACCGAUUCAAAUUAAAUCAGAACAAGAUGCAGCUAUUGAUCCCAUGCUUUUCUUAAAUGUCUAUCCUGAUAAUCGUGGUCUAAAACCGGAUCCAAAUUUGAUUUCUCCCAAUUUUAGCGAAGAUUCACGCCAGUCAAAUUCCAAUAACACUGGUAGCUUUUUUAUCAAUACUCCAACUUCAUCUGCAAACACAACAUCGCCAGCACAAAACGACAUACUGUCAGGCAACAGUACCGACUUGUAUAACCCAAACAGUUUCAUUACUAACGACAUACCGGCUGAUAUAUUUGAAGAUAAUUCCCUAAUGUCUGCCGAAGAGAAUAGUAACAUUGGGGCCAAUGACAAUUUCAAACAAACUCAACAACAGCAGUUUGGUCAUUCUACUGUUAACAGUGGCAAAUUUUCAACAUAUUUGUCUGGAUCAUCAUCAGGAAAUUGUGGAUCACAGCCAUCUACUUCUGCCGCCGCUGCUGCUGCAGCCAUUUCAUCGACAAAUAAUAACAUCAACAAUAAUAAUAAUAAUAAUAAUUCUCAAAAGGCUGUAGCCAGUUCGUCAUCACCGUCUACAUUGAAAAACGACAAUGGCACUAACAUGGCUCUCACCAAAUACAAGAACAAUCCAGAUGUUAUGCGUAAUGAAGUCAGCGGACACAUAGACAUUGUGCAGGACGAACUGGAAGGUUUGAAAGAUUUACUCCGUAGUGAUGUUUACUCUUUGGAUCACAAUACGUUGCUAGGUAUGCCUUUAAACGGAAUCAACUCUAUACAGAAUUCAAAACUCAAUGCGUUUGAGAACAAUAAUCAUCGAAUAUUUUUGCCGCCAGCUAUGGAAGAGGAUAUUCUCAAUAAGCUCUUUACUGAUUCGGAUAUUUUGGGACCAUAUGGUUUACAUUUAACCAAUGACGGUGGCUAUAGCAAUGAUAAAAAAGGAUCGGAAUUGAUGACAUACCAACCAAUGUAUGAUUUAUCCGAUAUUAUAAAUGAUCAAAAUGAUUUAGAUGCUGAUGUCAACAUGUCCCCGAAUUCUUCAUUGCAAUCACAACAACAAUCUAACCUGGACUAUAGCAGUAAUUCUGUCCUUAAUACACCGUAUCAUGAAUAAAAUCUUGUAAAUAAAUGGAUAUUUCGAAGUUAUGAAUGCCAGUUACAUAUUACAAAAAUAACAAAAAUAUAAUCAAUCAAUAACGAAGCAUACAAAUUACUGAUGAGACAAAGGAAUUCUAUGUAUUUAUAUUCUGGAUACACACAAAAACCCUAAUGUUAAAUUUUUUUACUACUUAUUAUUAUUAUAUUAUUAUUCAGACGAUGAUUAAUAAUUAGGUUUAAAUAACUAAAUAGGAUACACACACACAUAUACAUCACAGACAGACACAUACAUAUGUAUAUGCAUAUGUAUUUACAGUUAUAUUCAUAAUUAAUUUUGAAAUUAACUUUAACUUUUUAUACAAAGUUUUAAAAUAUUUAUAGUCUAUAACUUGGUGGAAAUAUGUUGAAAUGUACGUUAAGUGUUUUUUGUUGUUUAUGUUUAUUUUAAGUUUUAUUUUUUAAUGAAUAAUAUGAACAUUUAUUCGAAAUAUAUAUGGGCAGAAACACUAUUCUUUUAAAAUCUAUGUAACCGACCUCUACUGUUCAUUUUUUUAAGUGUUUAUGAUUUUGACAAAAUAUCUAAUAAUUUUCCAACAAAAUUGCAAAAUAGUACAUACAUAUAAAACAUCGUGGAUGGGUGGUUGAAACUAAGCUAAAAUGAUAGAGUUUAAAUAUAUUUAAAUAAGUGUUUAUAAGCGGAAAACGAUUCAUAAUUUUAAUCCAACACAUUUUGCUAAUGCAUAUCUAAGACCACGCGCGGAUCCAAGAAGGUGAAAAAAAGAGAAAAAAAACGUUAAAUUCGUGUUUUUCGCGAUUAAAAUUUGUAAAAUGCAUGUAAUAUAGAAGACUAAACAUUUUGAGUUUCAUUCUUGAGUUUGUUAUAAUAGAGUUUAAAAUAUAUUUUCACGCUGAUGCUAUUAAUUUUUCACUUAAAUUUUAAAUUAAAAAAUUAUUUUUUUUUAAAAAAAAAAUUUUAAACCGCGAUAACUUUUGGGCCCUACUAAAGUAAUUCACGUCAACGGAAUUUAAACGCUGAAGUACUACUUUUUGUUUCUGAACAAAAUUUACUCAAAUUUAAACAUAAUUGUGUUUUUGCCCAUAUACUAACUAAGUACAUAUCGAUGGCUUAAUAUAGAAAGGUCGUAUCUCAACUUUUAGUUACUUUACAGGAGAAGGAAAAAAACUCAAUAAUAUCAGAAAGUGAAAUUGAAAAAAAAACAACUAAAAAAAUAUUUUUAGAAAAGUCGUUUGUUUUAAUAUAAACCAAAAAUAUGCAUUCAACUUUAAAUGAGUUAGGGGUUUUUCUUUCAAACGAUUUUUUAAAUGAGUUAGGGCUUUUUAAUAAUUACUAUAAAUCUGUUAUUCGUCAACAUAAGAAACUGAAUUUUUUAAGGGAGGUCUAUUUUAGUUAUGUCUACCAGAAUAUGUAAAAAACUCGAUUUUGUAAAAAAAAAACGAGAUACGACCUUUCUAUAUUAAGCCAUCGAUAUUAUGUAUGUGUUUUUGGAAAGAAUUAUGAAUUGAAAUUCAACUAAACAUAUACUAAGACCACGAGUAUUACCCCAUAAUUAUUAUACCAACAUAUUUGGUUUUAAUAUAAUGUUUCGACCGACCAUCAACGAAAUUUCAAUCAAUAUUCGCGCAUAAUAUCCAAUAUUUUAUAAAUUUACUUUUGUAAAUAACUAAAUGAAUGUGACGACAUUUACAUUUUAAUCGUAACAUCGCAUAUCGCUGUUGCUGAUGAUUUAAGAACAGCUAAUAUUUUUGGUGAUUUUAAAACCGACGUCAAAUUCUAGAUGUUGAUAUUGCUUGUGAUUACGAAUUUUAACACAAUUUUCGAAAAUAAUUUGUAUAAAAUAAUAUUGUGUAACCCACAAUUUUUUUAGUUGCUGUUCUAGUGUUACAUACGUACUUUCCUUAAAUUAUCAUUAUCAAUACAAAAGUGAGGUAAGCUAACUUCAAAAGUAGGUGGAGCUGAAAAAAUAUUUUGCACAGAACAUAAUAUAACAAAUGAAUGUAGCAAAAGUGGUGUAAGUUGAAUAUACCAUAAAAUAAAUAGUUUGGGGUACAUCUCUUUUGCACUCUUAAGGUAUGUAUAAGUUUAUCAUUGCGUUUGUAAUUUCUACAUUUCUCAUUUGCUAUUCCAUAAAGUAUAUCUAUUAUGGAUCGUUAUAGAUAGCGGAGUCGAUAUAGCCAUGUCCGUAUGUACGUUGAAAUCAACUUCACGAAGCCCCCAAAUAACUUACAUGAUUCAUAUAUCAGUAUAUCCGCAAUAGUCCCGGUUCGAUUGCUAUUAUUCGGGAAAAUCGGCCCACAAAAGGCUGAGAUAUAAGCAAAAAACCACGACUACCUCGAUAUUUUACCUACUUUUUUUAUUUAUCUAUAUUCGGAUUACAAAAUUAUUUAUAUAGACAAUAUGAAUAUUUUAUGAUAGACAAUGAAAGGCCUUUUCAGAGUCAUAGUAUUUUGGACUUACAAUGGGUCAAAAUCAGGAAAAAUCUCUUUUAACUCGACUUAUUUUUCACCAAACAAUUCAAUCUUUAUCUUGAAGUUUAUUUUAGUGAAGGGUAUGUAAGAUUCCACACAACCAAAUAUAGCUACUGGUUGAAUAAUAGAAACGAAAUAUUUUAAUGAGUUCAGCAGAUAUGGUAACAAUUUUAUUUAUUUUCAUUUAAUUUUUAAAUAAAAUAUUUAAUUUGUUUGUUUGUCUGUAGUUUUACUACUACUUUUUGGAAAGAAAAUUGUAAAAAAUAGCAAACGAACGGACAAGCUUACGAAAUAUUUGAUUUUUUAAUAAGAAUAAAAAUACUGCUACAUUGCUUAAAUAUGUUUAGAGUUACAUACAUUUGAGAUGCAAAUUUUAAAAAUAAAUUGCAAAUUAUAGAAUUAUACGCUUUUUUAUAUUUCCUUAUGUUUUAUUUAAUACAUACUUUUAAAAAUUAAUGACAAAGUUUUAAAACGUUUAAAAAGUUAAUAAAAUUAAUACUAUUGAAAAUAUUAUUAAAUAAAAUUAUAACUAACAAAACCAUACUGAUUAUUAAUCACAAAAAAAUUAAAAUAAAUACUAAUCAUAAGAUUAUUAUAUAUAAUUAGGUAUUUUUUAAUAAAACACUGAAUAAAAUAAAUAAAAAUGUAUGAUUAAUGUACAUCACUUUAUAUGAAAACCUAACAUAAA